UGCGUAGUGGUCACUUCGAGCAAAGUCCCAAACACUCGCGCUUAUCAGCGAGGAGACAGGCUUUAAAAAAAACAAAUCCAGCUUGAGACACACACGGCGGGAUCUGCGGUAAAGGCUCGUCAGUCUUUCCCGGCAAUACAGCGGAGGUGGAUGGUUUAGAGUGCUGUCGCAGUGCUUCAUCGUUGCAAAAGGGUAGCUGGAAAAGUGCAGCCUUCCUCCACCCCAACCCAUCGACCGAGCUUAUAUAAUCGAUAGUGUAGUACGUUUUCGUGCAAGCAUUCAUAAUGGCAACCGAAUUACCUCGAGUAAACCUGGAUGAGCCGCGCUACGACCAGAGUACCUACCUGAACCGUGCAAAGCACUUUCUUAUCGUCACCAACCCUCUGAAUGCGUUUGCCACCGAGGAACAGCUCGACCGAGCUGCUCGGAUCGUGCGCGACUAUCGGGCCGGCAAACCAGUACCGGAUGUGCGUAGCGUCGAUGAACUGUGGAGCGCCAAGUAUCUGUACGACAGUGCGUUCCACCCGGACACGGGCGAGAAGAUGUUGCUGGUGGGACGCAUGUCGGCCCAGGUGCCCAUGAACAUGACCAUCACCGGGUGCAUGAUGACGUUCUACAAGUCGACACCAGCCGUCAUCUUCUGGCAGUGGUUUAACCAGUCGUUCAACGCGGUGGUCAAUUACACGAACCGUUCCGGUGCGUCGCCGAUCAGCCAGGAGCAGUUGCUCACCUCGUACUGCAUGGCAACAGGUGGCGCCCUGGUGACUGCACUUUCGCUCAAUCGGCUCGUGCGGAAUGCGCCCCCACUUGUCGGACGUCUUGUGCCCCUCGCAGCCGUCGCCGCGGCCAAUUGCAUUAACAUUCCAUUGAUGCGUAUACAAGAAAUUAAAAACGGCGUUACCCUGUUGGACAAGGAUGGCAAGGAACUGGGUCAGUCGGUGCGUGCCGCUAAGGAAGGAAUUUCAGCCGUCACAUUCAGCCGCAUCCUGAUGGCAAUGCCAGGAAUGGUCUUCACACCUGUGCUGAUGAACACGCUGGAAAAGCGUGGCUUCCUACGCCGAUUCCCGUGGGCCAACGCUCCCAUCCAGACACUGUUCUGUGGUUUGUGUCUCACGUUCGCUACGCCACUCUGCUGCGCACUAUUCAGCCAGAAGGCCUCGAUCAGCGUGGAUAGCUUGGAAGAGGAUCUGCGUACGAAACUGCGUAAAGAGCGCCCUGAACUAGACAUCGUGUUCUACAACAAGGGUCUGUAAGGACCUAAGUAAUACGCAUGGAAGCACCCAUUUUCAGGUUGCUACGUGGCAUUUACAGAUGAGCUUGCAUGUAGUUUCACAUCUGUUUAGCUUAUACUCUUCCCCAGCCCUCGGGCCAAAGGGGGUAAUGCAACCUAUCGCUCACUACAGUACGUUCUCCACUUGCCAUAUCUUACCUGAACUUUGUUGAUAUGUUUAUAAGUUCAUUUAUUUCAUCUCAUUGCCCCCAUCCUGUUUACUCCUCGUGUUGUGCACGAAUGGGAUGCAUGUCAGACGCUCAAUUAAGCUAAAAAGACAAACUUAUCAAACGGAACUACACGCUGUCCAACAUGCGCGAAUGACAAUAACUGUUUUCUGGACACUGAACAAACUAUUCCCAGCACAAAAACGCCCAGAAUCGGGGCAGAAAUGCCCCAAUCUGAUGCGGGAGUCCAUACGUCGUAUACCUCAAAAUAAAAAUACUAUGCAGAAUAUCUCAUUAUAGAGAUCGAAU